AUGUUGCUCGACAAAUAUCGGUUGGAUGUUGAACAAACUGGCGUUGUAGAAAUCGAUUCCGAUCUGUACUAUGACGUAACAGCACUAUGGAUUGCUGCAGCUGGUGACCAUGUCGAUUUAGUUAAGCUUCUUGUUGAAUAUGGUUCACAACUAGAGCAUGCGAAUAGAUACAAAUCAACCUCAUUAAGAGCUGCAUGUUACAACGGUAAUUUGAUUAUCAUUAAAUUUUUAGUAGAACAUGGUGCACAAAUAGAUCCACAGAAAUCAAAUAAUAGUACAUGUUUAAUGGCUGCUGUUUAUAAAGGUCAUUUUACAGUGGUAGAAUAUUUAUUAUCGUUACACUGUGAGCUACAUAUUCUAGAUCGUUGGCAGAAAACAGCUUUACAUUAUGCCGCUGAUAGCUUACCGAUAACUAAAUUGCUCGUAGACCACGGGCUACAACCUAAUAAAGAUCACAAUAAUAUGACUUUAUUGAUGAUUGCAGCUGACCAGAGAAAGGUUUCUAUUGUAGUAUAUUUUGUCGAUAAUAAUUUAUGCACCACUAAAGAACACAUUGAAGCUAUUGAAUUACUGUCAACAUCCUAUCUUAUUGAUAAUGAACAUUAUAGUUUAACUAAAGGAUAUGACUACAUGAAAAUGGCUAUGGAAUUACGACAUUCAGAAUCAGUUUCCAAAGAACGAACUCUGCUACCACCGGUAGAAGCCUAUGAAAAUCGUUGUGAAUGUCAACCCUGGAGGAAUUAG